CCUGUCUCUUGCCAUCAUGUUGGCAGCCAGGACGGCUUUGAGAAUAUGUGCGCGCGGCGCGAAGCAAGUGCUUGUUGCUCGCAGCAGCCAGGCUGCGGUUCGCGCGGUCAAGCGCCCGGUUCUGACACGCGGAAUCCAGUCUGUAGCGCAGACAGAUAGGGACACUAUCACAAGGCUCUUGUACUCCCUCGGCUCCAAGCGGGAGGUCGAGCGCUACCUGCGCAUCUUCUCGUCCGCGUCCGAACCGAGUCAGCCCGCCAAAUUCGCAGUGAUCAAAGUCGGAGGCGCCGUGCUCGACGAAAUCGACGAGCUCGCCCUGAGUCUCAGCUUCCUCUACCGCCUCGGUCUCUACCCCGUCGUUCUGCACGGAGGAGGCCCGCAGCUGAACGAUAUCAUCGAGCGCGAAGGCGUCGUGCCCGAGUACAUCGACGGCAUCCGAGUCACUGACGUACGCACCCUCCAAAUCGCGCGCCGCGUUUUCCUCGAGGAAAACCUCCGUCUCGUGGCCGCGCUGGAAAAGCUCGGCACACGCGCGCGCCCCAUCACCUCGGGCGUGUUCACGGCCGACUACCUCGAUAAGGACAAGUACGGCCUCGUCGGGAAGGUCACCCGCAUCGACAAGCGCCCGAUCGAGGCUGCCAUCCGCGCCGGCGCACUCCCUAUCCUGACCAGCCUGUCCGAGUCCGAGGCCGGGCAAAUUCUCAAUGUGAAUGCGGACAUCGCCGCAGGCGAGCUCGCGAAAGAACUCGAACCCAUGAAGAUCAUCUUCCUCAACGAGAAGGGUGGUCUUUUCCAUGGCGUGACCGGCGAGAAGCUCGACGUCAUCAACCUCGAUGAGGAGUACGACGCGCUGAUGAAGGAGCCGUGGGUGAAAUACGGAACGAAGCUCAAACUGCGCGAAUUCAAGGAGCUCCUUGAUCACCUCCCCCGUUCGUCCUCCGUCGCUGUCAUCUCGACGCAGCACCUGCAGAAGGAGCUGUUCACGGACAGCGGCGCGGGAACCCUUAUCCGCCGCGGCUACCGCCUCUUCAAGGCCAACGACCUCGAGACGAUUGGCCCGGACCGCUUCCGCCAGGUCAUCCACGACCGCGACCCGGAGGUGCUGGCCGGCACCGCGAGCAUCACCGGUGUGCUCAACGACUUGAAGAAGACGCCGUACACGAUCUACGGCGACGAGCCGCUCGACGCCGUUGCAAUCGUCUCCCGCCCCGAGGGGGAGAUCCCGGUGAUGACGAAGAUGCUCGCGUCCCGUAGCGGUAUCCUGAACGGCGUCACGGACAACGUCUUCAAGGCGAUCAAGAAGGACCACCGCAAGCUGUUCUGGACCGCGCCCGCGGACGACGAGAACAGGAGCUGGCACUUUGAGCGCGCCGACGGAAGCUUCACGCGCGCGGGACACAGCUUGUUCUGGUACGGUAUUCAGGACGUUGCCGAGGUUGAGCGCAUCGUGCGCGGGUAUGAAGAGAAGGGCCGCAUCCCGCGCGCCUUCCUGCCUGUCGGCCCUCGCAAGGAACACGCCGCGACUGGCUCUGCCCCCUCUGGCGCCCGCGCCUUCUCCACUAUGGCUCGCCGCGCUGCCCCCUCCCGCGGCUACGCCACCGCGGCCGCGGAGGCGCCGACGCCCAUCACCGACCCGAAGCGCGUCGCUGUCAUCGGCGCGCGCGGCUACACGGGCCAGGCGCUUACCAAUCUCCUCAACAACCAUCGUUACCUCGACCUCACGCACGUCUCCUCGCGCCAGCUUGCCGGCUACGCGCUCGAGGGAUACAACAAGUCCUCUGUCACGUACACGAACCUGUCCCCGACGGAUGUCGAGCGCAUGGAGCGCGACGGCGAGGUCGACGCGUGGGUCAUGGCGCUUCCGAAUGGCGUGUGCAAGCCGUUCGUGGACGCCGUCGACCGCGGCGCGGCGGAGCGCAAGAGCGAGGGCAGCGUGAUCGUCGAUCUGGGCGCGGACUACCGCUUCGAGGAGGGCUGGACAUACGGACUUCCGGAGCUAUAUGGCCGCGACAACAUCCGCGCAGCGAAGCGCAUCGCAAAUCCGGGAUGCUACGCGACGUCCACGCAGCUGCUCAUCGCGCCCCUGCUGCCGCACGCCGUUUCGACCGCACCGCCGACGGUGCUUGGUAUCUCUGGAUAUAGUGGUGCAGGUACCGUCACCGUCACCGACCCGGACGGUCGCCCUGCCUCCGCGCCGAAGGUCACUCCCGACAGCCUGGCGGGCGGUGUUCGGCCCUACGCGCUUACCGACCACAUCCACGAACGCGAGGCGGGUUUCCAUCUCUCGAAGCUGCUUCCCUCUGCGGACCCGCGCUUCCGCGUCGCGUUCGUCCCCGCCGUUGCUCCGUGGUUCAGCGGUAUCAUCUCGACGCUGUCAAUGCCGCUGAAGGAUGCGCUCACGGCGCGCGAGGUCGUCGACGCGUACGAGAAGAAGUACGUCGGCGAGAAGCUGAUCAGGAUCAAGCGCGAGGUCCCGGUGCUGGCCGAUCUGCAGGACAAGCACACCUGGACUGUGGGCGGCUUCCAGGUGCAUAGCUCGGGCGAGCGCGCAGUGGUCGUCGGCGGUCUGGACAACUUGUUGAAAGGUGCUGCAACGCAGUGCAUGCAAAACCUCAACCUUGCUUUGGGUUACGAGGAGUUUGAGGGGAUUCCCGACGUUUAGUUUUGAUACCUUUCUUGGGGGCAUUGACCUCUUGCGCAACCUACGUUGGAUUUUUAUACUUGUGCGAUGGGAGGUUUCUUCUGUGCUUUAGUCUGUGCUUGAUAUUCAGGCUGGUCACUGGUCUGUCAAACGAAGUAGAGUAUGAGCACUAUGCUGCACGCACUCCAUCUAUAGCAAUGCUUUCAUACUGUGCAAAAGAGUGUCCGCUUGCUUCUACUU